AUGCCACGGAAGGUCACCAAGGCAAAGGAGGGGGAGCCGCAGCCGGCGGGCGCCGCUCAAGAGGAGCCCGCUCCGGCGCCGGCGGCACCUGCGGCCGCGUUGACGGAGGCGGAGGUGGACGAGCUGCCCAGGGCCAUCGUGCGCCGCCUGGUCAAGGACAAGCUCUCCCACGUCGCGGGCGGGGACGGGGCCGAGGUCAUCGUCAACAAGGACGCCAUGGUCGCCUUCGCCGAGAGCGCCCGCAUCUUCAUCCACUAUCUCUCCGCCACUGCCAAUGAUAUGUGCAAGGAAUCAAAGAGGCAGACCAUCAGCGCUGAUGAUGUCCUCAAGGCGCUUGAUGAGAUGGAGUUUUCAGAGUUCGUGGAGCCCCUUAGGACUUCACUGCAAGAGUUCAGAAAUAAAAAUGCAGACAAAAGGUCAGAAGCAAACAAAAAACAAAAGGAAAAGAGAAGGAAAUUAAAUGAAGAGACACUUCCGCAGAAGGAAAAUGAUCCAGCUGAUGAUGCCAAGGAGAAUGACGAGUAG